UGCCUUUGCCGUUUUCUCGGUCAAUGUCCUCACAGUAUCCCUGAGCAAAGUAUGUGUAGCAUAUGUCAGAAGGUGUUGCGUUCAAUUUAUUUAACAUGUUUGGAGGAGACUUAUUUUAUUUGCCCUUUAGGUAAGUCAUAGAGAUACUUGUAGUAAAUUUAAGGUUUUGAAAACCUUAGGUUUGCUGCUUAGUACGAUCCUCUAGGAGAUGAUGUUGAACUUUCAGUUACAAAUAUUUUCAUUCUUGUACUGAUCUCAAAGUAUAAAAGGAAAAGGAAAUUGAAAUGAUUGCAUGGAUGGAGAUACAAAACUGUCUUUUCCUGUGAGAUUAAUGCUAAGAAAGGAAAGGUUUUUUAUCGUACCAUUCACUCUGCGAAUGCAACUUCAAUUUUUAAUCAGAAGUUCCACUUAUUUGUCUGUGGAUAAGCUACUUAUGUUCUGUAUCUUAGCGUGUAAUGAUUUCAACUUACAGUGGACCCUGUGUAUCAUAUAGGCUGCGCAAACGAGCUAUUCACAACGACAUGUCCAGGUAUGUCUGCUGUGCUGGUUAUAUGUCCUGCAGUGGACGGUGUGGAGAAAGCCGGUGCCCCAAAUUUUGCCUUGCCACAGAGGUCUUCUUGUGCUUUGGGAAUUCAGUUGCCUCAACCCGAUUUUUAUUGCGAGAUGAAUUCAACAUACAGACAACACAAUGCGACAAUUGCAUUGAAGAAAUUUCAGAGGCUUCUCAUAUACUGUCUUCCUUAGCUGACAUGGUCUAUUGCAUGGUUUGUACUUGUAUGCAGACACAACACAAGAUCGAAAUGGACAAACGGGAUGGUAUAUUUGGCCCACAGCCAAUGACAGUGCCUCCUGCCCAGCAAAUGUCACGCCUUGAUCAGCCAUAUGCCCCCACCGCUGGAUAUCCUCCACCUUCAUAGGGGCAAUCUUAUUAUCGGCCACCUCCACAGGCUCAAGGUUGUCCUCCCCAAGCUUCAGGGUACCCUUCUGCUGGCUACCUCCCUGUUGGUUACCCUCAGAAGUGAUCUUUCUUGAGUUUGAUGUGAAAAUUGCUCUUAGUGUGCACCAUUUGAUAGCCGUAGCUGGCAUUUUUUCUGUUUGAGAUUGUGAGUACAUGAUGAGAGUUGUGAUAUGAUGGCUUGUUUGUGAAGUUCCUCCAUGCAUAUGUUCUUGAAGUUUUAAUGUGUAUUUGUCCAUUUUUAUACCUAAAUUCCUGGUUCAACUUAUGGUAUUGAGUCGACAUUCGUGUACUCUACAGACGGCAAAAGUUUGGAUAUUGUUCACUUAUGCGUAAUGAAGCUUUUCAUUUUCUUCAU